CCUGUCAGCUAUCAACUAGGUGAAUCAUUCGCAUUCUCUUCCUCAUUGUCUAUUCAACACCAAAGACUCGUGCUCUAUUUUUUCUUAGUUUCUUCAUACCAAGAACUCUCUGUCUUCCUCCCUCUCCCUCUCUUGUCACCAUGAUCCAUCUAUAACAACCCAUCAAGAUAGAGAGACUCACCAGUGAGAAUUUCAAGUCAACAAUCUUUUCAAUCUUCUGCUUCUUUGGUCAACAAGCAAACAUGCUUCGUGCUAUAAAGUCAGCAAUUGGGGAUGCAGUGUUGACUUUCAUGUGGGUGUUCUGCUCUUCCACGCUUGGAAUAGCUUCUCGCUCCAUAACCAGAGCCCUUGACCUUCAAAACCUCUCCUACAAUGGCUUCCCUUACGCUUCCUUCCUUGUUACCACCACCCUUGUUUUCCUCCUCGUCUUCCUCUUCACCGCUAUCGGCAAUGCCAUUGGCGGCGCCAGCUUCAACCCCACUGGCACUGCUGCCUUCUACGCUGUUGGUCUCGGCUCCGAUACCCUCAUCUCAAUGGCUCUCCGUUUUCCUGCCCAGGCGCUUGGUGCUGCAGGUGGUGCAAUGGCCAUUAUGGAGGUGAUUCCAUUGAAAUACAAGCACAUGAUAAGGGGUCCUUCUUUGAAAGUGGACUUGCAUACUGGGGCCUUGGCUGAAGGGUUGUUGACAUUUGUGAUCACUUUUGCUGUCCUCUUUAUAAUCCUCAAGGGACCUCGUAGUGGUUUGAUGAAGACUUGGUUGCUGGCUAUGUCAACUGUCACUUUGGUCAUGGUUGGAUCUGCUUACACCGGGCCAGCCAUGAAUCCUGCCAAUGCCUUUGGUUGGGCAUACUUAAACAACAUUCACAACACAUGGGACCAGUUCUAUGUAUACUGGAUUUGCCCCUUCACUGGAGCAAUAUUGGCUGCUUGGCUAUUCCGUGCUAUCUUUCCCCCACCACCAGUAGAAGUAAAACAGAAGAAAGCAUGAAGAGACAACAUAACACUAGAUUUAUUUCUUUAUGUCAACUGUUACUCCAUAUUAGUGUAUUAAGAUGUUUUUUCUCCUUUAUAUCUGUUGGAGACUCCAAUCCUUCAGCUUAUAAUGGAACAUGUUUAGUCAGGCGCAACACAAGAUCAAUAAAGAGGUUUAUUAGCUGUGGUCUUUCUCAACGUGAGAAGAGGCCACGCCACGAUUACACAUAUAA